AUGGCUGAUCAUCAUCUUUUACAUUAUAGCGACUCAGCUGCGGUUGGGAACCGUUUCGCCCGCAAAGGUGCUCUGCGGCAGAAAAACGUGCAUGAAGUCAAAAAUCACAAAUUUACUGCCAGGUUUUUCAAGCAACCGACAUUCUGCAGUCAUUGCACAGACUUCAUAUGGGGAUUUGGGAAACAAGGAUUCCAGUGCCAAGUGUGCUGUUUUGUGGUCCACAAAAGGUGCCAUGAGUUUGUCACGUUCUCUUGCCCUGGAGCCGACAAAGGCCCCGACACAGAUGAUCCCAGAAGCAAGCACAAGUUUAAGAUCCACUCGUACGGCAGUCCCACGUUCUGCGACCACUGUGGCUCCCUCCUCUAUGGACUCAUCCACCAGGGGAUGAAAUGCGACACCUGCGACAUGAACGUACACAAUCAGUGUGUGAUGAACGUGCCAAGCCUGUGUGGGACAGACCACACGGAGCGCAGAGGACGCAUCUUCCUCAAGAUCGACGUCAGCGGAGACAGGCUACACGUCACAGUGGGGGAAGCCAGAAACCUGAUCCCCAUGGACCCUAACGGUCUGUCUGACCCCUACGUGAAGCUCAAGCUCAUCCCUGACCCCAAGAACGAGACCAAACAGAAGACCAGGACCAUACGCUCCUCACUCAACCCCACCUGGAAUGAGUCUUUCAGCUUUAAGCUGAAGGUAAUGGAUAAGGACCGUCGUCUGUCUAUAGAGGUGUGGGACUGGGACCGUACCACCAGGAACGACUUCAUGGGCUCAAUGUCGUUCGGUGUGUCUGAACUCAUCAAGUCCCCCGCCUGCGGCUGGUACAAGAUGCUGUGCCAGGAGGAAGGGGAGUACUACAACGUUCCCAUCCCUGAGAUCGACGACGUCAACAUGGAGCUCAGGCAUAAGUUUGAGAAAGCCAAGCUGGGCCAUGGGAAGAAAGUGAUUACGCCAGCGGACCACAGACGGUUCAGCUCGGACCGCACCGUGCCCGGAAUGGACCGUGUCCGACUCAGUGACUUCAACUUUCUGGCUCUGCUGGGGAAGGGCAGCUUUGGCAAGGUGAUGCUGGCAGAGAUGAAGUCCACAGAGGAGCUGUACGCCGUCAAGAUCCUGAAGAAGGACGUGGUGAUCCAGGAUGAUGAUGUGGAGUGUACCAUGGUGGAGAAGAGAGUCCUGGCCCAGAGAGACAAACCACCAUUCCUCACUGCACUCCACUCCUGCUUUCAGACUGUGGAUCGUCUGUACUUUGUGAUGGAGUAUAUUAACGGAGGGGACCUCAUGUACCACAUUCAGCGUGUGGGCAAGUUCAAGGAGCCACAGGCAGUGUUCUAUGCUGCAGAGAUCGCUGUGGGCCUGUUCUUCCUGCACAGAAAGGGUGUUGUAUACAGGGACCUCAAAUUGGACAACGUGAUGCUGGACUCUGAGGGCCACAUUAAGAUAGCAGACUUUGGCAUGUGUAAGGAGAACAUGUAUGAAGGCAUGGUCACACGCACUUUCUGUGGUACCCCCGACUAUAUCGCCCCAGAGAUCAUUGCAUAUCAGCCCUAUGGGAAAUCAGUGGACUGGUGGGCUUAUGGGGUUCUCCUCUACGAGAUGCUAGCAGGACAGCCGCCGUUCGAUGGAGAGGAUGAAGAUGAGUUGUUCCAGUCCAUCAUGGAGCACAACGUGUCCUACCCCAAGUCUAUGUCUAAGGAAGCUGUCGUCAUCUGCAAGGGAUUCAUGACCAAGCACCCAUCAAAGCGUCUGGGCUGUGGUCUGGAGGGCGAGAGGGACAUCCGGGAGCAGGCCUUCUUCAGACGUAUCGACUGGGACCGCCUCGCCAACAGAGAGAUCCAACCGCCAUUCAAGCCUAAAACGGGCGGCAAAGGAGCAGAAAACUUUGACAAGUUCUUCACACGCACCCAGCCCAUGUUGACCCCUCCAGACCAGCUAGUCAUCGCCAACAUUGACCAGAGCGACUUCGCUGGUUUCUCCUACAUCAACCCACAGUUCAUCCACCCUUCCCUCCUUCACAGUGUGGUAUGAGGGGAUAGAUCAGGGAGAGGAGGAAGAGAGAGAAAGAGGUUGGUGAGAGAGCAAGAGAAAGAGAGAGAGGGGGAGAAGAGAGCCAUGUGGACUGGGACUGGGACAGCAACCCUCCACAUUGACCACCAAUCCCCUAUUGUCCCUUUGUCAAAGAGACUAAUAUUAUCUUCAUGUGUUCUCUGGACUUC